GUCACAUGCUUAGAACUAACAAGUGGAAAGUUCAACCCCAUUCUAUUUGAGGUAUGUUUGAAAAUCGUCUCAUCAUUUCUUCAUUCAGAAAAUUCAAUUUCAUAGUUUUCGUUUAGGAGGAAUUACUAAAUAAUUACAUAAUGAGAGCAAAAUCAAUUGGAACGAAUUAUAAUGGCGCAAAUUUUCUGAUUACUCAAAAACCUGAUCUUAUGUUGGCUAUAUUAACACGAGACAUUGAACUCAUGGAGCUCAUUCUAUGUUAUAACGUGGUGGGUCUGUUUACAACGGUUCAAAGGACCGUAGCGUGAUUCGUGUCCAGUCAAGAGAAUAAGAACUGGGUUUGUGUCUAAUCUAUUGUAACCGUAAAUUUAAGGCCGGCUUUCAACAGCCCAGGCCUUGAUGAGCUCGUUCGCAAACAAGUAAACACGAAAUUCAAGCAUAAUCAUCCGAACAUGUCACUACGGCGUUCCUUUGUUGAUAUCAGCGUCCUACUAAAAGCUGGAAGGAAAGAGUUUUCACCCCAUCAAAGCCUUGAUUUUUCUUUUGUGCGACGACCUUAAAAGCGCUCAAACCGUGAAGAUCAACCCUUCACUUGUGGCAAGUUGUUUAGCUUUUUGCUCCAAAACAGGUUAGGAGAAUGCCUUGGAGCUUUUCCUUUACUUUCAAGUUUGUUGCAUGUGAUUAAAAAUGUGACCAAGACCAUCUUUGUGCAUGAGUUGAUUGUAGAUGCUGUCUUACAUUCGCUCUCUCUCCGGCAUGAACGGCAUGCUCUCUCUUCGUCCUAACGGUAACCAAAAUAUGCCACACUUAUGUAAUUUGACAUAAUCUCUGCACUGAACACGUGCAUUACUAGGUCAAAGAGAGGCAGACAUGAACAUUUUUUUCACUCUCAACUUCCGAUAACCGGCCUACCUUUCUUAUCAAUAACACUGCUAAUGUAAGUCCUUUACAACAAAUGUUGCGAUACAUGGAAUGCUUGCAAUGAUAGCAAGCAUUUCAGCAGCUAGAAAAUAAGUUGGAAUAUGGAACCGCUUUAUCUUGAAAGGCAAUACCAGCUGUAAGACGUCUCUAUCGAUCUUUAUAGGAUUAAUAUAACAUGGCUACUUAAUUAGCUUUAGAAUAUGCGGCGUGUUCAACGUUAUUGCAUUAAAUGCAACUAAUAAAUCCCUGCAACAAGGAAAAUCUCUUGAUUUUUCAGGAAUUGAUCCGUUUAACUAAAGGAAUCUUUUAUUACAGAUCUAUGUUUGAAAUCAAUUUGCACGUAAUAAUGCUUACCGACGAAACUCUUCACAUGCAUUAUCUGAGAGUUAAUUAAAUAAAUGGUAUGAACUUUUUAUUGGAUUAAUUGAAAAAUUCCGAAGGCUGACAGGGAGGUAUAUCGCGGUGCAUUCUCUUGAUGCAAUCAGCCCUACAAGCAAAUUGUACACAUGAUAAAAUGUACAGUUUAAGUGUGGGCGACGUAAGGGACACACCUUAAAAGUACUCGCAGCUUCCGCUUCAAAUCUUUUGGGGAGUCAUACCGGUUUAGCUAGUUUCCGCUCGAAAAGCAACUUUCACUUAUUGUAGUCUGGUUAUUUUGGCACGUUUCCACUGCGAAUUAGUGAACAAGAAUGUUAUUUUGCUCUUCUUUUUUCCAAAAACUUUCCUUUAUCGAUGGAUACUUCCCAUUUUCGUAUUUCCACAACUUUUUUUUGAUACCUUUUUUUGUUUGACUGUUCCCACCAUCCCGAGGGGAACUGGGACACAAAAAACGUGCAGAAAUACGCGCCCCUGUCCAAAGUUUGUUCGCUGAGCGAUCAUCAAACACUUCACUUGAUUGGCCGGUUUCCAUGAGAAAUCCAAUAUUCACAUGUUUUUGUACCUCAUACGUGCUAUUGUCGAAAUGCAUAUGCUUUUCAAGUUGUAUCGACCGCGUGAGAAAAAAGAGUCAUUCAAUUUUGAGAGAGUGUAUUGAGGAACGCGGUUAGAGUAUUUCAACAGUGCAAGGUGUGCUUCUUAAUGUUUUGAUUAAUUUUUUGUUUGUUUGUUUUUCUUUCUUGCACCCAUAUAUAUAUAUAUAUAUAAUGAAAAACCGAUUAACGUCUAGUCUGCAACUCAUUUACAGUCGUUAAUGUAUAUUUAUGCUUUAUUGUUGUGCCCUGACGCUGAUUGACCACAAAGAGAGCAUGAGACGUAAAAGAACGUGUUCAGCGAAUCCUUCAAACAUCACAAAUGUCCACGCGGUGGUGCUUGGGUUGGAUGGCGUCGGAAAAUCAGGUAUGUCAGAUAAGUUAUAGCCUUGAGUAUCACUGUAUCAUUACAACAAAAGCUGCAGUUGACUCUCAAAAUAGCCCCCUCCGCCAAGAAAAAGGCACCGGGGAACUAUCGUGGAACUAUCGGAGGAAACGGAACGAGAUUUCUUGGGAUAACCAAAGAUGGACUGGUGUCCCAUCCGAGGGGAGCCUGUAGCAAUAUUGUUUAUCAUUUCAUGCUACGGGAAUCAGACCGCUAGGAUCAUAAACUGGCCCAUGAAAACAAACCUUAGAUUCAACUUUCCAGCAACGUAGUCCAUGAAAAGGCUUGACUUCUGAAACCAAACUAAGACUUUCGGAGCUAUGAAGUAAUCUGUUUCAGAAGUAAGGGAACACAACAAAAUGCCAGGAGUUGGUUGACAUUUCUAACUCAUAAAGUUAAAUUUAAAGAAGUUAUAUACCAAGUAAAAUAAAUGUAUUUUUUUUUGUGGACGAUCAUUCGUCUUUAACUGCUUGAAAGGAUGUUUAACAGCUUUCAUCAGGUGCAGGAAAACCGAUAAAUUAUGCAUAUCAAUUACGAGAGUUUUAUCGAUUAUCUUUGUCUUGUAGUGACUUCGCAAUCAAUUAUGAUCAUCAAUUUAGGAACUUGCUCUCACUAAUAAACAGAAAAGUGAAUAAUCAGGCCAAAAUAAUUGAUUUUCAGAGGGUUCCUAAAAUAACCCAGCGUAUAAAAACAUAUGUUUUGAUAUAAUUUUUCAGUUAUCAGUCAGGCAUCGACGUGGGUAUCAUAAAGAUAUCAUGAGCGAUUGCAAUUGUUUCAGAAUGCGAUCAAAUCAAGUGGCUUUCUUAUAUUCUCGAGAUUAAGAUCGCGGUCUUUUUCUGAAAGCUACGCGCGUGUUGACGUUUUUCCAAACACCGCAACAGUUGUCCAAUUACGAUAAAAGGUUCACCCCAAGAAAGCGGCCAAAAAAAUGGAGAUAUAUAAGCUCAAAUAGCAGAUAUUGACUUGGCUACCAGGCGUACCUCUUCAAACGCCCCCAGUAAUCGCUAUUUCAAUAAAGUAUUUUCACAGAAUUUCGCACAACGCCCAGCUGAAAAGUUUUGUUAUUAGUGAAACAUUGGAAAAAGAAUGACAAGAUCUGUCGCGCACCUGUAAGGCAGACGAGGGCGCAGACUGAAAUCUCUCUAGCAUCUUCAGAUAAAACACUUGACUAUCAGCCAUUCAGACACCGCCAAUGAAACUGAGUAAAUUUGCUCUAACUUCAAAGAAUUCAUUCAGAAGAAUGACCCACAACAACCCAUGAGUGGGUAUCAACAGUACCACAAAAUAAGGCAACAAUGAACAUUUACCGAGGGAACAAAACGGGUGCAUAUGCAUAAUCUUUUUGAUCCUAAUGAAGUGCUUCGCGUGAGAACUCAGUGGAACAAAGUGAAAUCACACUUUAAGGCAUCCAAGAGGUCACGUUUAAGGGUGUACUAAUCGUUUUCAAAUAACGAUAACAAUGAAAUGAGUUCACUAAGCUACGUCUUUGUCUCAACAACUGCUGGCUCAGUCUUUAACACUCAGGGUGAAGUCCAAAUGAAAUACAAAUACUUCCGGUAUCUGAAUACACUGCUGUUGAAACUUAUCUAACAUACAAAAUAGUGUAACACAGUGAAUAACACCGAUUCAAACUGAACUUCCAUGGAAAACUGGAGAAGAUACUGAAAGUAAACAACUUCACCGGUGGCGCAUGAUGCUGGAUUUUACAUUUGAACAUAUCCAACAUUCUAUGCAGUGCGUGCUAACAUGAUGGGUAUUUCAAAAUUAUCAGUGUUCUCUCAAUUAUUAAGUUGCAUAGAACAAGAUACGUGACACUUCGGACUUUUUCAUGUUCAAAAACGUUCACCACAUUCAAGUACUGAGGGCUUAUUGCUUGAAUUCCUUUCAUUGCUUCGUAGUUCUUAAAGUUCCAUAGAAGAUCAUCAAUGAAGUGGUUGUUUCAGUAGUUAUAUAGAAAAAAUCCCACAGUUGCAAUCGAUCUUCGUUUGCACAAUGACAAAGAAUUCUAUACAAACAAAAGGACACGGAAAACUCUGUAAGACGUUUAACCAAACGAAAAUAUUUUUUCAGAACCAGAGAACGUGAGAACAGCGAGUAAGAGAGCACUGAACAAAACGUAUGCGAGAAAAACUCGGUGUCACAAUGAGACCUCCCUAAAGACCUUUGGCAGUAGAGAGCUUAUAUAUCAUAUUUGGUGAUUUCAGUUAAAAUGGCAUGGCCUACGUGAUACAAAUGGAUCUUAACGAUCAUCAGCUUCUAAUACUUAACCGCAGAAACCAUGACACUUCCUCUUUCUACGCUGCAGUUCUCGAGGUCAACGUCUUCAAGUCUGUAUGUUAAACCGCAAGACAACUUUCGACCAUUUAGACAAAAAAAACAAAACAAAAAACAAGACAAAACAAGAGAGGGUGCUUGAUUUUAAGGCGCAAUCUUUUUUUAACGAAAGGAUCGCAUGACUUUUUUGACAUACCCCUCAGGGCACAGCUGUGAUACAUUUUUUUUUCACACAAAGUCGACAAAUAAAAGAAACGAAGAACCUUUAGAUAGAAAAACAUGUCUGGGUGUCCAGCAUACCUCCUCUCAGACCGUCAACUGUUGACUUUUCCCCUUGUGAUCUAAGUAUUGGCCUCGUUCAAAUUUCAAUUUCCUUGUGAAGGAGGUUGUUCUUGCAAACUUUAAGGCCAUCUGAACGGUUGAAAUUAUUUUCUUUUUCUUGAUUGACUGGUACAGAAGAUAAGAAAGGAAACCUUAUUUGAGUGUCAGGUCUAAAAUUAAAUCCAGAGACACUAAGUGGGGAAACUGUCCUUAACAUCUAGGCUCCUAAGAAUUUGAAAAUCAAAAUCCUUAAGUUUGAAAUUAUUCUGAUUACUAUUAUUAUUAUUAAGAGAAAGUACGUCGUAGAUACAAAUUCGAACUGAGUACACAAUGUAUGCACAAUAAACACAAUUUAAUAAAUAGUUUGAUAGGGUCAAAAACUUAAUUCAUGAAAGAAUUCUUAAGAAUGCUUAAGGCGAUGCCUAUUUAUCCAGUGAACUGUCUCUUGGAUUAACUCUCGUUUCAGCUCUCACUGUCCGAUUCUUGACCAGACGGUUUAUUGGAGAGUAUGAUGAAAGUUUAGGUGAGUGGCAAACUAAAGCCCCCAAGCACAGCCCCUACUUCGCUAUGAGUACAGUAUCUAACUCAAACCAUCCCCUCCUCCCACCGUCAACUCAUCCAUCGACUAUUCGAGGGUCUCAACGGAGUUAACCGUAAGCCGUAAAAGGGCCAAAAAGUUCAGCGGUUAGGUGUAAACUUAGGUGUCACUUUUUUUACCCUUAGUUGUGGAAAAAGUUAACCGUAAUUUUUUUUCCAAUCGUAACGGAAGGAAGUUUACCGUAAGCCAUGUAAGCCGUAAGAACCCCACAGAGACCUUAAGUCCUCUUGAUUCGAUGAUGGGCAACCUUAAAACUGUGAAAAAUUAUUUUGCACAAGCUCACAUCAGACAAGUAAAUGGGGUCAGCGAAGGAAACUUCAUACCGUCUCUCCCUUUUUGACAUUGACAAGCUGAAACGAGGAUAUUACAACUUAAUAUUUGACAAAUUUUUCUUUUACAACCUGCAUUUCUUUUGAACAAGAUAAUUUAUAAUGAUACUGUAAUCAGAACGUCAUACAUUGAACCAUGUUUGGUAUGGGCGAGAUUGGAUUGAGAAAUUUUCCUUAUGUUCGUCUCCGUUUUUAUUCAAUUUAAUAGAGAUGACUUAUCGACAUCACAUGACACUGGAUGGGCAAUACCUAGCCCUUGACAUCAUGGACACAGCCGGAGAGGUAAAUAUCAUAUGCAUAAUCAAAUUGACGGGGUAGAAUAAAAAAGAAGCGGUGCGUAUACCACUCUAUCAUUAAAUAACCGAAAACAUAUCGCAACUCUUUCGCAAAGGUUCGCGUAAGGUUCGCGAUGGCCUCGAAAGAGCUGCAAGUCCAACAAAGUGGUGAUCGCACUGCCGUAUGUUAAUGUUUCCCCGAUAGUCCGCUGGUAUCCACUUAAACCCCUGGGUGGGAAAUAUCACUGUAACAGUGAUAUGUUUUGCUCUCAAAUUUUCUUCAUACAACCGAGCAAGGCUACAAAACAGUCCUCUCGGACUACAAUCCACGAGCCUCGUGAGUACCAAAGUUUCCGGGGAACUAAGCACUGGGCCACCGCCUCUAACUCAACAAAGCAGGUCAUCAACUACAGAAAUUAUUAUUUUUCUUUCCUCCAGAAUACGACACAGAAGUUGGAGAAAUGCGCAUCUUUUGGGGAAGUUUUCUUUAUUCUCUUCUCUAUCACUGAUCGAGUUUCAUUUUUGGAGGCAAAACGUUUGGGGAAAUACAUACAGGGAGUGAAAGUCAAUGAUUGUGUUAUGAUUCUAGUUGGUACAAAGACAGACCUGUGUCGUUACAGAAGAGUCUCGAGAAACGAAGGGUAUGAAUUUGCUAGGGAAAUAAGGUCUGUAUUCUGCGAGAUUUCAGUCUCGGAGGGAUUCGUCGAAACAAACUCUCUGUUGAAUGAUUCACUGAGACUGCAUUUGAGCAAUAAAACCGACCAGGAAAAUGGCGACAAAGAGAAAGCGGGUCCUUUGUCAAGGAUGAAAGAAGGUUUUAAAGGGAUCUACACAAGGAGAAAGUCAUGUUCACUUUAAAUAUUCUAAGACUGGCUUUGAUGUAUAAUUGUAUCGCGCUUAGGAACAAGGCAACGCCUGGGGAGGGGGGAGGUGGCAACAUUUUGGGGAUCACAUGGUUUUCAGGAG